AUGGCAGACGCCCCCAUCACAUUCAAAAAGCGCUCGGCCAAAGCUAAAGCCACCGUCCGCAAGAAGGAAGCCCCUCCCCCCGCCUCCGACUCCGACUCCGGCUUCACCUCCUCCGACGAUGACCAAGGCCAGCGCAUCAAGCGCCGGCGCAAGAACGCCGCCGUGACAGCCUCCUCCACGACGGCCGGAGCCACCCGACCGGUUGAGAAUCCCGCGCCCGCGAGCACCGCGCCCGCACCCCUGCAAUCCACCAACGACGCGACCAAGCAGUCCAACUGGUACGAUGAGAAAGAGCUAGACGCGAAGAACCUGCUGGGGACGACGCGGUCAACGGGGACACCGUCCGCCCCCGACGGCACCUACAAGGGAGCAGCCAACUACCAAUCCUUCAUCCAGAAGAACCCCGACGCACCGGGGAAGAAGUUCGGGCCGGUCAAGGCGCCGACCAAUGUCCGCGCCGUGACCUUCAUGGACUACAUGCCCAACGUGUGCAAGGACUACAAGAAGACCGGGUUCUGCGGGUACGGCGACUCGUGUAUCUACGCGCACAUGCGAGAGGACUACAAGCAGGGGUGGGAGCUGGAUCAAGACUGGGACAAGGCUACGGACGGGGAUAAGAAGAAGGUGGGCGGGCAGGUGGUGUCGCGGCGGAGUGGGGCCGACGCGAAGGCGGGUCACGAGGAUGAUGAGGACGAGGCACUGCUGGAGAGUAUCCCGUUUGCGUGCAUCAUCUGCGAGAAGCCGUAUCAGUAUCCGAUCACGACCAAGUGCGGGCAUUACUUCUGCGAGGCGUGCGCGCUGAAGCGGUAUCGGAAGGAUCCGUCGUGUGCGGCGUGCGGGGCGAGUACGGGGGGAGUAUUUAAUACGGCGAAGAAGUUGAAUCAGUUGUUGGAGAGGAAGCGGGAGCGGGCGCGGCGGGCGGGGGAGGACGAGAGUGAUGCCGAGAGCGAUUGAUACGGUCGAUAUAAAUGAUAUAGAUCUGCAGCGGGUCUGCAGGUAUUGAUUUGGGUGGUGUUAUGUCAUUGUCUCUAGUGCAUUGAACCGGCUAUACCUACGAUAAUACUUCCAGCGAAUCUCAGCAGAUGAUGGGUAGAUGGCAAUCAACUAAAAAUAGCAGCCUGAUUCUAAGCCCCAAACCAACUCGUCUACCUUACCUAGUACUGUAUAGUCCCCUCUCAAACAUCUAGGUUACCAGAAUCAAAUGAAACAGCCUCCCUGACUAGUCCGUAAUUUUCCUCCAUCUCUCUCCCAAGACCCAACCAUCCCACCAACGAGUCAAUUCUCUGUCUGAGACAAGUCAGCCUGAUCGAUUCGACCACGACGGGCAUUUCCUCCAUUCAUCGAUAGGUCGUCACCCUACUAGUAUCCUACUGGUGAGUUGUGCGGGAUGACCAUGCCGAUCUUCGGGGGGGUGAAUCCUAUAUGUGCACGGACAGCAAGCGUGCUAGUGGACUGGACAGUAGACUUGGUGAUUGUAAUUAAUGGGGGGGGGUAGACUGUCG